ACCGAAGUUCUUAGGACGGAGUUCUUAGCAGAGUAUAAGAAAUUAUCUCUCAACUUUUAACUAAAAAAAGUUAAGAACCGACUCUUAGAUAUCUUAAAGGACAUCUCGUUAAUCAUGCUUUUUCAUACGACUUGUACGCAAGACCAGCACCAGCACUGGUUAGCAAAUAGUAUGUUUCUAUUCCAAAUGUCAUUAGAUAAACAAGAUAUAGAAACUCGUGUCAUCAUGGCUGAGAGGGAUAAAUAUAUAUAUACUAAUUUAAAAUCUCCUACACUAUUCCUUUUGAACUUGAUGCUGAGAAUGGGAGGCAGGUAUAUGAUUAAAGAAGAAGAAGAAGAAGAAGAGCAUCAAAGAAUCAUGCAUUGAUUUCAAAGAAGCGCUUUAGAUUCAAGUCUCUCUCUCUAUUCCCCUUAAGAGUUAAGAAACUCAUAGUGUUAGUGGGCCGGCAACUUUACCGGUGACGGAACCUUAAUCCAAUCACAUCCUUACACGUCAGACUCCCCGUAUCGUUAUUCCACGUGUCCUCCUUCUCACCGACUCCGUCUCCUUUUCCGUUAACCCCCCCCCCCCAAACAAGAUCAUUACGCCACAAAAUCCCCUUUUCACGAUCACAUCCAUGGCCGACGACGACGACCAGAUCCGAUCUCACUCCGAUUCACCGGAUCCUUCUUCUUCUCCGCCACCGUCCGGCAAACUCACGGUAACGGUGGCUUCCCCAGCUCCGCCUCAGAAAGAUCCGGACGCGUCGCCUCUUGCGCUGCUUCCGAUCAGACCGACCGGCGGCGGAGGGAGGGAGGAUUGCUGGAGCGAGAAGGCGACGGGAGUUCUGAUCGAUGCGUGGGGGGAGAUUCACUUGGAGCUGAGCAGAGGGAACCUGAAACAGAAGCACUGGGAGGAGGUGGCGGAGAGGGUGAGAAGCAAGGAGGAUAACGGUAAAGCUCCCAAGACGGAUGUACAGUGCAAGAACAGGAUCGAUACGGUCAAGAAGAAGUAUAAGCAAGAGAAGUUAACAAGUGGCGGGAGCAGCAGCAGCAGCUGGGUGUUCUUCGAUAAGCUCGACCGUUUGAUUGGUUCAACGGCCAAGAUCUCAUCUGGAGGAAGCAGAGGUUUGAAUCUUUACCAUCAGCAAGGUAAGGCUGAAACGCCGCGUUUUGGAGGUAAGGCUAGGGUUACAUCUGCUUCGUUUAGUGAGUCUAAGCGAUGGCCUUUGAGGAGGAAGAGGAAUGUGUCUGAUUCAGAUUCGGUGUUUGAAGCUGGUGUCUCUGAGGACUCUGGGGACAGUCUACCACCUCCUCCUCCUCCUCUGUCGAAGAGGAAGCAAGGAGGAAGAAACAAGUGGAGGGAGCUAAGUCGUGCGAUCAUGAGAUUCGGUGAAGCUUACGAGGAAAUAGAGAAUGCCAAACUGCGACAGGUGGUUGAGAUGGAGAAAGAGAGGUUGAAGUUCUUAAAAGAGCUGGAGAUGCAGAGGAUGCAGUUCUUUGUGAAGAUUCAGUUGGAGUUAUCGCGGCAAAGGGAGGAGAAUGGGAAACAACAGUAGUAAUAACAAAGACAGCAGCAAUGUGAUUGUCGACGACGGUGUUGAUAACUAGAGAGUUUAGUGAUUUCAGGUCGUAAUCUACAUAUUUUAGAAUUUGAGUUUUGAAAUUGUUUGAAAAGAAGAUACUUUUCUUAGGCUUCUUCAUGAGUGUAUUAAUAUUUUUACCAAAUCUUUGUUCCCUUUUUGCCAAUUUUUUUGUUGAAAUGAAAAAAAUAGAUUUGAGUUUAA